AAACAAAAAAAAACUAAUAAAAUUUGUCGAUUGGGUAGUGCGUUCUUUCAAUAUCAAAUUGUGGAAUUGAAGAACAAAAAUUAGGAUCGGGUGUGCUUUGAUAGGAGAGAGAAGAGAGAUGUGCAUUUUCUUAGGCGCAUAGAUGGGAAGAAUAUCAGAUAAAAAUGGAAGCUUUGACCGCCAUUGAUUCUCUACACUCACGAGAUCUCUUGAUCUCAAUUCGCAACUCUCUCUCCUCUCUGAUGCGUGUUCUUCUCUUUCCUUUUCAUUCAUCGGCUCAGAUCAGUCUCAGAGCCAAAUAGAAUAAAGAGCAAAGAAGGUCCUGUGGGAAUUGAUACAUUGAGAAACUGUUUAGUGUUUGUGGUGUCUUUUGAGUUUUCUGUGGGUUUGAGGAAAGUUUCGUUGAUUGGUUCUUGCAAUAGAUGGCAGAAGUCCAUAAUCAACUAGAGAUCAAGUUUCGGUUAACUGAUGGUUCGGAUAUCGGUCCUAAAGCAUUCCCGGAUGCUACAACUGUCGCGGCACUCAAGGAAACUGUUAUUUCUGAAUGGCCCAGAGAAAAGGAGAAUGGACCGAGGACAGUGAAAGAGGUGAAGUUGAUAAGCGCAGGGAAAGUAUUGGAGAACAACAAGACGGUUAAAGACUACCGAAGCCCUGUCUCCAAUCUUGUAAGCGCUGUCACCACAAUGCACGUGAUCAUCCAACCUCCGGUUACUGAAAAAGAGAAGAAGCCUAAAGGUGACCCGAAGAUGAACAAAUGCGUCUGUUCAGUCAUGUAAGAGAGUAGCAAAACCUCAAGAGAGAUUCAGAUUUUCGGGUCAUUAAGUUUGGUCGCUUACGUCGUUGGUAUAGAUUGUUUACUGAUACAGAUACAGAAUUAAAAGUGUGUUCAACCUUUUUUUUUCUUUCUUAAAAGUAAAAAUCAAAUCUCUUCUCUAGCUUUUUGCAAAAAUGGAGGAGAGAGUAAAUCAUAGAUGCAGAAAUGUCAAAAGACACAAGGAGAUUCUGAUAUAGCUCUGUUUCUUAGUCCCUC